ACUGCUUUGGAAACGCAAAUCACUUUAUAAAAAUGAAUGUGCCACAAAAUAUUAUUGCUGUAGCAGCAAAUGUAGCCGCAAAUUUGCUCCCCGAAAGCAAAUCAGCAAGAUACGAACGCGAAUGCGCUGAGUUCAAAAAAUGGCAAAAGAAAGAGAACGUGAUUGGUGUCACGGAAGACAUUUUAUUAGGGUAUAUCAAUCAUUUGUCUAACAAAUUCAGCCCGAAUUCUUUAUACUGUAACAAGAUGUAGAAUUUAAUUUAAACAAGUUUUAUAGACAGAGUUGUACUCACCGUUAUUAUUAACGUGUUGAAUUUAUGAGCAAUUCGUACUGGUUGUAAAUAUAGUCUAUCUAGUUCAGGAAUCCUGAGUACCUUGUAGUACUUCUUGUUAGUUGUCCUUACCACUAAACUUUUUUUUUCUUCAUCAACUAUAACGGAAUACGUUUCAAUGGGGUAUGGCAAAUUUCUAAUUCGCCAUUAUGGUCGAAGUGGUCAAUGAUUAAGAGUUUUUUGGAAGUUAGAGAAAACAUUGACGUUCGCAGAUUUCACAAAGUGGUUGCGUUUUUGAAAAAACUAAAUAAACGCUAUGUUUCCAAGAAAGCUAAAACUCUUCCGGAGCAAGUGGAAAAAUUUAUACCUGAAGCCCCUGACAAGAAGUGGUUGCUUGCCAAAAUUGUCACCAUUUUUAGUAUAUUUGGUUGUUGUCGGUGUGAUGAGCUUCUAUCCCUCACUUUAAAUGACGUGGAAGAUUUCGGCAAAUGUAUUGUUGUCACCUUAGGCGAAACCAAAAAUUUUACAAGUAGGAGGUUUACAAUAAAGGAAGAUGGGUGUAGUUUUAAACCUUGCGAUAUUUAUCGAAAAUAUGCGGCUCUACGGCCUCAGAAAAAUAAGGACCUGCGGUUAUUUUUGACAUAUCGAAACGGAAAAUGUGUCGCCCUCAAUGCAGGUUAACAUACUCUUGGUACAGUACCUAAGAAAAUUGCUGAAUACCUAGGAUUACAAGAGCCUGCACUGUAUACAGGUCACUCAUUUAGACGAACUGGAGCAAUGAUGGUUGUUGAAGCGGGUGGGGAUAUUUUAACUUUGAAGCGUGCAGGGGGAUGGAAAUCAACAAUUGCGGAUAGAUCAAAUUGUCAAAAACAUUCCCGCUUGAAAAAUCUACACCAUCUUCUAUAGAGGAUACACAUGGGAGUCCAAGUAACAUUGCCUGAAAAUUUCAACAUUAGUGGAAAUAACUUCACCAUAUUUAAUUUAAACGAUAA